AUGAAGUUCGCCUUUGCCAGUAUCCUGCCUCUAUUGGCUGUCCCUAUUACUGCCACGCCCUUCGAGGUUCGCCAGUCCAACCCAGUGACCGUGGCCCUCUCGAACGACCAGACCGGGGCCUACGCUGGUGUGACCUUCCAAGCCGACGGUACUGAUAGGACUCUCCGUUCCCUCUUCGGUGCCACCUCUGUUGCUUCCGAGGGCAUUGUCAAGGCAAACGCCGCCCAGCUCACUGCAUUUGUGCAACCCGUCAAUUGUGUCAUCACGAACGAUGGCGCCAGUAUCGGCACCUUGACCGCUGAAAAUACUUAUGCGGAUCUUGACGGAAACCCCAACACGGCUAUUCCAUUCGAUCUCAGCAACUCGAAGAUCAACUGCCGGGUCUAG